AUUCCUUAUCCGCUGCCGAGAUAGCCAGCCUCGUUUGCGACAACGCGACGAGGCUGAGAACAACACAAAGACAAGCUCCUGCGCUCCAACAACGCGCUUCUUCACCUUCGUCAUUCGUACAAUCCAUGCUUCAGAUGUACGACGGCAGUAACACCCGCAGCAAUGAGUACUGUUUCCAUGAGGCAAGAGGGCGAACCAUGGCCACCGGGCGAACCGCAGCCAGUGAUAAUCCCAAUGCUGGCGGAAUACUCUGAUGGCACCAACAGUGACCUAGCAAAAGUUAUGUUGGAAGAAAUAUAUCGAGACUACCAUUCUAAGCGUUUUACAUUCAUUGUUGCUCCAGACCGAAGGUUAGUUCCCGUCCUCUACUGGCAGAGGGACAUGCGUUCGCGCAUUAAAAUCCUCUUCACUGCACUCCCCGGUUCUCAAAGGGACAAAAUAAUAUUUGUGGCCAUUCUUUCGGUAUCGCCGACCUUCAUCGAAGCUGUCAGAUGGGCUGUUGACGAGCUCUGGACAUUCCUCGUUGGGCAUUUGACAGCAAACAAAUCAAGCAUCGAGUUUUUCGCGCGGUCGCGGGGUGUGCCCUGGCUUCGAGCCGUCAGAGAGUUGAUCCCUGAAUUAUUCCGCCGGAACCCAGAGCCUCAUGUGAGCUUAUUCACUGAUCAUAUUGUGGGAUUUUACCCAAGUCCCAACUCCAUCAGCGAUGAAGUCUUGCACUUGAACCUUAACGCCCAUGGCCCAGACACAUACUAUCUAUCGACAGCAGGCGCGAUAGUUCCCAUCCUUGCCCCGAGCUACAACGAUGCCCAGCGCUCAGACCUCCAGGUUAUAGACAUCGAAGAUUGCACCUACGACCCCAAUCUCUUCCGCCAAUACGACCGUACGCCCGGGUGGCCAUGGCAAACCUGGCCACGCCACCCCCAAAUCUGCCAUCCCCCGGACAUAGACGGCGUAUACCGCGAGCCUCCCCGCUGUGUGACAUGCAAUAACCACUUCGCCGCGGAAGAAGACUGGAAUAACCCAUUUAAUGGCUGCCAAUGCCACGCCUUUGUGCAGGCGUGGAAAGGUGUGUUGGUCCAGAUAGUUGAGUAUCCCCCGUUCCCCGAUCAGCCGAACGUCGUGAACCGUGGCGUGCGGUCCCUGCAAGCAUUGGGUGCCAAUGAACUGAUAGGUGAGUACACGGGGGUCUUGCUGCCUGAUACUGAUUACGAUCCGCAUUCUGAGAUUUGCGACAACACCUACCAGUUUGGGAUAUAUGGCGAAUCAGAGGAGCAUUGUGUCGCCGUUAUCUCGGCACGGCUGAGUGGGAACUGGACGAGGUUUAUCAAUCAUACUGAUGAUAAAGACAAGCAGAACGUUAAAUUUAUUAAUGUACAGAUAAUGAACAGAUUGAGGGUGAUGGUUAAGGCGAUCAAGGAGAUCAAGCUUGGGGAUGAGAUACUGGGACAUUAUGGUGAUGGUUACUUCAAGAGCAGACAGUUAUUAUGAGGGCAAAUAGACGUUGACAUAGAUAUAGAUAUAGAUAUAGAAG